CGCGAUCAACACUCGACGUCGCGUCGCGCGGAGCAAGGUGGAACAGUGGUGGAGGCAGACUCGGAGCCCGUCAGCCUUGUCUCGCGCUCGCGUCGUGCGCGGCAGUCGUAUUCGUGUCAUCGCAACGGCGAGAUGUGUCCCGUAUCGAGCUGGAAGCUGCUCGCGUGCGCGAGUCUGUGCGUGGUGCUCCUGGCGGUGGCCGGGGUGGACGCCAUCCGCGGGUGCCGCGAUUGCGGGGGCGGGGCCGGCAGUGACGAGGACUACCACCAGCACAGGAUACACUUCCCGGAGGAGGAGGCUGUCCUCGCCGAAAGGGAGGCUGCCGAUGGGGAGUACCCCGGAUCUCAGAUUCCGCUGAGUAUGAUCAUGCGUUUGAACUCCAUCACGAACACGAGCCAAUUGUUCGAGGAAUUCAUCCAGCAACCGCCUGUCCUCUUGGGCUCCAGACUUGGUCCAGCUGCGGAGGAAACGCACGCGGCUUUAGCUACUCGUGGGAUCGAGCAGGCAAGUUACCUUUACGAAGUCGAUGUAGAAAGAAACGCUCAAUACAAAGCACAAAAACUUGAAGUUGAGGCAGCAUCGGUGCCUAAGCCUGCCCUAUGCCAGCCAGAAAUACAGACGGUCAAGUUGAAAUCGAGCGACGACCCUUCGCUUUUCUAUUUUCCGAGCUGCACCAGACUUGAAAGGUGUGGGGGAUGCUGUUCUCAUGAGCUCCUCAGUUGCCAACCAAUCAGCACCGAGCCAAUGAGUUUUCAGGUUGUGGUGACCCAAUUCGUGGGAAACAAUCAGAUGGUUUACAAAGGCAAAGAAGUCAUUAUUGUGGAGAAACAUACAAAAUGCAAAUGCGACUGUACUGUCAAGGCGUCGGAUUGUAACCCGUUACAAGUCUACGAGAAGAACGAGUGUCGGUGCAAGUGCGCCAACACAGAGAAACAGAAAAAAUGCGAGAACGAAAGUGCAACCAAACUGUGGGACCCCAAGAGCUGUUCCUGUCAAUGUCGAGAAGUCCAAGAAUGCAGCACUGGAUUGAUUUGGGAUAAUUUGCGAUGCAGCUGUGUUCCGACUCCAAGAACGAAGAACAGGAUUGGUCAGGACGCCCAAGACCGGACGCGAUACAGACUUGGAGCUGAUAGGAGUUAGACAGCCGUUUACGGGAGCAUUCUGCAAUAAAAUGGGCGAUUCGUUUGACCUUAGUGAGAUUAUAUUUUCCGUGUACCUGCGUGUGAUUUUUUGAGCUGUACGUAACAGUGGCGAGGCGUGAAUCGAUUAUCGAUAUUUUACCCAUUUGAAGCUAUGGUAAAGAAUCGAUUAUUAAGGUGUUCGUUGCGAACACCCUGUUGAUCGAUCUUUUUCCAUAGGUUUAAAUGGCAGAUCAAUCGAUAUAUCGCACGCCACGUCACUGGUGUGUAAAGUUUUAGUGAGCUUUGUGUACCUAUGUAUUGAAAAUUUACUGUAUAAAAUUUGUGAAAUUAAUUUAUUUUCAUGCAUCAAAUUGUUUCGAUAUUUGAUUUUCAGAUAUUGCUAUUUUACCCAUGGAUUUUUAAUAAAUAUUCACUUCUGCAAAUUUCAA